CGUGCAUAGAGGAGGAGAAGAAGGACAAUCAAGAUGGCGAUGAACAGACCAGGCAAAUCAGCUAUUGUGCUCUCAUCUGCCCCUCUCCAGCUGCUACUGUACCUAACAGGAGUCUACUAUGUCUUCUACUUCCUGUCGACACUUGGCAUGCUCAUCUAUAAAAGCCGUGUCCUGAGCUACCCAGGAGACAACCUCACCCUAGAAGUGUGCCUACUCUUCCUCAUGGCUGGUCUGGAGAUGCUCCGCUUGUACUCUGGUAUGAGGGGCAACCUACAGGAGAGGGAGGGCUAUGUCGGGAUAAACAUGGUUUUGACUGUGCCUACAGUCAUGCUGUCUGUUUACUUCUUGAUCUGGCAAACCUACGUGCUGCGAGCUGACGUCAUAGUCAAUGCUUUGCUGCUUAGUAUGUAUGGGCUAGGUGGACUCCUGGCUUUCAUCACAUUGGCCCGCUUCACCAGUGCCUAUACAUGAGGGAGCUGUUUCUAGGACAACUCUGUGUGUGCAUAACAGCAACUCUUUACCAUGGACACAUCCAGGACACUUGUCACUAUGGUUCCCAAUGGAAGGUCAUUUUUUCCACAACAGUGUUUGACUGAAAAUCAGUGAAGAUGUUCAGGGUAAUGAACAGGAUAGGAAUACAAUAUUACUAAAUGUGUGACAUUAAAAGAUACAAAGGUUUGAGCUGUAAGUAACAGGAAAAUGAGGAUGCCUUAGUACUGUAGUUAAGUGUAAACAUGAAAGAUCUAUUAAACAUUGAGUCCUUUUUAUAUUUUAUACUUGAACAAGUUUGUUUUGUGACUUUCUGUGUACAGACAGCAGAUGCCUGUCUAACAAUAAAAUACAAUUUCUCCAGUAGAGGGCAGAGACGGUGACAAUUUCUAUGGUAGGAACUGAGAUUUGAUAUUGUAAAAUUGUAUAUGAAUUUACUUUCUAAAAAGUAAAAGUAAUUUUAGAAUUGGUGGUGUGAAAUU